GUGUGCAGCAAUAUUCCAGCCUAGAUAGAACAAGUGACCUGAAGAGUGUCAUCAUGGGCUUGGCCUCCCUAGUUUUGAAGGUUCUCAUUAUCCAUCCUGUCAUUUUUCUAGCAGAUGCGAUUGAUACAAUGUUAUGGUCCUUGAAGGUGAGAUCCUCCGACAUGAUCACUCCCAGGUCUUUGACGUUGGUGUUUCGCUCUAUUUUGUGGCCAGAAUUUGUUUUGUACUCUGAUGAAGAUUUAAUUUCCUCAUGUUUACCAUAUCUGAGUAAUUGAAAUUUCUCAUCGUUGAACUUCAUAUUGUUUUCUGCAGCCCACUGAAAGAUUUGGUUGAUGUCCGCCUUGAGCUUUGCACCAACAACAAUAACACCAACAACAGUAAUAGCAACAACAAUAACACCAACAACAGUAAUAGCAACACCAACAACAAUAACACCUACAACAGUAAUAGCAACACCAACAACAAUAUCAGCAGCAGUAGCAACAACAAUAACACCAACAACAGUAAUAGCAACAACAAUAACACCAACAACAGUAAUAACACCAACAACAGUAAGCGACCAAUAGGUGUUCCUGCAGCUCCUGCUGUUAUAUAUGCGUCAAUUAGAUGAACAUUUACCCCACAAGUGACAACAACGUUCCAUUAAUAAUAAUCAUGGAGGAAAGGAACAGAAAAUAACACUACACGAGAGGAAUUUGCUGGAGGAUCCCACAGUGAGUUAAAUAAUUGAGAAGUAACCACAGCAGCAGCUAAUGUAAUCAAAAUAACUACAGAUCAUUAACUACAUGUACACGAGUACAUUACAUUCAGAAUGCAUAGUGGAGUUUUAAAAUGGCAAACUUUGCAAAACAACCUAGAUUACAAGUCCACCUGGAUUACCUGCAACAUCUUGGAUUAGAUUGCUGCUGAUCUCUUAUAAAGAUUUCAGCCAGCAACUCAGAAAUCGGCCGUAUUGGACGUGUCUGCCCGCCACUCUGCUGCGUUUGUGAGUCAGUCUACCUGUGUCUCUGGAUUUGAUGGAGCAGCUUACGUCCAAUAGACAAGUUAAAAAUCUUCCAUUUGUAAUACAAAGAAACAUUUCCUGAACAGUGGUAACUUUGAAAUGUUUUUGUUAAUAGAUGAGUGAUCAAGGACUCUUUGGGAUAGAGGUGAAAUGAGAACUGAUGUAAACUCUUUACAUUUUGGGAUAAGUUUAAAAGAGCAAAGGCUUAGUCAGGCAGAUACACCAUACUGUAUUAGCAAACACCUUGCAAUGCUGUAGUGCAGAAACAUUAUUAGUUUGUGUAAAAAUACUGUAAAAGAAAUCUUUAAUUACUUGAUCAGUUGCCCCAAAUGAAUCUUGAACUAUAGCCAAAUUUUACCCCUCAGAACACAUGGUGAGCCAUACAGAGGACAAACCAUCCCAAAAAAAUAUGGCUAAGAGAGCAAAAAAAAAACUGAACUGUAGUGACUGCAAUGAAGUUUUCAGCAAAAAGAGAGAUCUUCUACAACAUAGAAGAGAGGAACAUAUUAAACCCAAAAAAAAUGUUUGUACUCUAUGUAAAAAAAUAUUUGAAUCAGAAAAGCAGCUUAAGAUGCACUCUCAUUUCCAUAAUGUAGGAGGGCAAUAUGAAUGUUUUUAUUGUUACAAACAGUUCAAUAAGGCUUGGAAAAUGAAAAUUCAUUUGGUCAGUCACAGUGGUCGUCCAUCAUUCAUAUGUCAGUUUUGUGGUGAUGAUUUUCUAUAUCCUGGAAAAAUAGUAAAUCAUUUAAAACGAAUUCAUGAUAUCUGGAGUCCGUGUAAGGAAUGUGGUGAUGCUAUGAUUGAACGGGGCCCCCAUAAGUGUAAAAUAUAUGGAUGUAAGGACUGCUCACUGUCGUUUGCAAGCUGUAGUGAGCUGGCUGCACAUGUACAAAGUCAUAUUCAUAGUGAUAAGCAACCAAUGGCUGUUUUGUCUGGAGUAUCCAUUACAUUGCCACUUACAGAUAAUUCACAGUUAGACAAAAUGAAAGAUUUGGAGUCUGCUAGUUCUGAUAGGAAAGUAGUUAAAUUUUACGAUUUUGGUUCAUUUGAAUACCCUUUGAGAUUAACAAAGAAAAAGAGUUGUGAUGAAAAUAAUUCUCAUGAAUUAAAUGCCAUCAGAAACACUCAUGAAUCAGUAGCCAACAAGAACACUCAUGAAUCAGAUGCCACCAAGAACACUCAUGGAUCAGAUGUCAACAAAGACACUCAUGAAUUAGACACCAACAAAAACACUUGUGAAACAGAUGCCAACAAAAGUGGUGAAAACAAUACAUCAGAAGAUCUUGCAAUGGAUGAGACUUCUUUAUGCAAUAGCUCUGAUGAAAAUGAAAUUAAAAAUGUAACUGACGAUGUGAUUGUCAUAAGAGAGUGCAAGAUACCAUUAAGAGAGAACUCGCCUCCAGUCAUUACUGUACAAGACAGUGGCAAAGAGAUCAAUUUAUCUACUACUUUUUCAUCAGUUGUAUUGAAAUCAAAAAGUAAGAGUGUGUGGGAUAACUUUAAAGUUCCAGAAAUGACUGUAAACAAAUGGAAGAAGUAUGAAAAUCCUAUUAAAAAGUCUUUGUGGAUGAGGCAAGAAGAAAUAGAUAAGUCAUUGAGGAAAAGAAAAGAAUUGUUAAAUGAAUUCCAGUUACGUGUUGAUAAUGAUGUAAAGUUCUCACCAAGAAAUCAAGUCUUUGAAUCCUGGUUGACAAAUGAUAAUUUUACAAGUCCUGAUCGUGAUUUCGUGUUUGGCUUUGAGGCAAAUGUAAGUGUAAAUGAUCGUCAGAAAGACUACCAAUAUCAUUAUUUUAAUAAUAAAAUUCUUAAGAAAGAAAAAUUUGAUAUGACAUUUGAGGACCUCUGUCUGUUUUAAUGAAAUUAAAUGCAAUUGUGGCAACAUUUGUAUAUAUCUUGAAGUAAUGCAACUAUAGUAAUUGCAUGCAAAUUACAGUUAAAUAUAUCAGAAUAUGCAUGCAUGCUUUGCUUAGAAUGGUGAAGUAUUUAAGCAUAUGUAACAAAUUCUUAUUAACUUGGUCACUUUUCUGAAAGUGAUAAGACAAAUGAUUUUUGUGUAAUAUCAGUUUUUUUCUAUUGAAAGUUACAACAGCAAAGCCAUGCCUGUGGUGUCCCAUCAUUAGUGUUAAUUUGUCAUAAUUUUGUAAAAAUUAUUACCUCCUGUUUGAUGUCAUUCCAGCAGUCUAUUACUAUAUAGGAAUACAGCAGUACUAUCAAGUAUCCUUUUACCACUGUUUUACAUUAUUAAUUUAUAGUUGGGGUCUCUUGUUCUCCCUGUUAUGGUUUCAAUAUGUUUUUUCUCUAUUUUAUCUUUCUGUCUUGUGCAGUAUGCAGUUAUUAUGAUUCCAUAUUUUCUCCUGUUAACCAUCAAGAAUAUUCUUUAGUGAUUCAAUCUUUUAUCAUAGCUUAUAUUUCUCAACUCAGUUACUGAUCUUAUAGUACUGCUUCAUAUUUUGGUUUUGGGCAGACGUAAACUAAACAAUAUACAGGAGUCCUUGCAUAUACAACACCUUCUUUUUGGUGUUUCAUGUUUUCGUUGGCUUUCAAAUUGAAUCAUUGUUCAUUAUGUUCCAUCCAUUGGUUGUGUUCACCGGCGGGUGGAACAGUGGCUCAGUUGAAAGCCAACAGAAAUGUGGAACACUGAAAAUAGUUGCUGCAUAUGCAGGGCCCUCGUGUACAUCACUUACCUUUCACCAUGCAUUUAUCUGUAGAUUAUACAUAUAUAGAAGUUUAACAGUGUAACAUGCGGGUAUCAGUCUACAGACAAGUUUUAUCUAACAGUGUGGGUUAAUGACUUAUUAUAAAUAUGUCAUCGUUCUAUGCAAAACUUUUUUUGGUCAAAAAAAUGUUAAUGCUGUAACUUGCACAAUAUAUGCACUGUACAGUAUAAUACUCUUAAAGAUGUAUGGUCCAGCAAUACUUUUCUAGAAUAGAUUAGAAUAAUGCACGUCAGUGCGAUAUGAUUUUUUUUUUUUUUUUUGAGGGUACGUGUAACUAUGUUUAUGUACAAUAUGCAUUAUUAUUAUAUUCGUGAGGGGAAGUGCUCAUUCCACUCGGGGGAAUAAAAGGCGUUCAGGCUCAAUUCAAGGAAUUGAAGCACAGGUCUAAUUUUGUAGAUCAAAAAGCCCUCACCAGUAUCAAAGAACUGUCCUUGAGGGGUGGACAAUAUACGGUAUAGAGGUGUGAAAAUUUUUGUCUUCAGGUAAAAGAGACAACUUAUAACAGGGAUAUAAUUUAAUGGAGAUUUGUCUGUACUGCAUUUGUAUGAUCUGUUGAUAAUCUUUAAUUUGCUUGCUUCUAGAUCCCUCUGUUCUAUGCUUUUAACCCUUUGACUGUUUCGGUCGUAUAUACUAUAUGUCUUACGAGCCAGUGUUCUUGACAUACAGUGGACCCCCGGUAUACGAUAUUAAACCGUUCCUGAGAGCUCAUCGUAUGCCAGAAUUAUCGGAAGGCGAAUUAAUUUUCCCCAUAAGAAAUAAUGGAAAUCAAAUUAAUCCGUGCAAGACACCCAAAAGUACUAUGAAAAAAAAAGUUUUACCACAUGAAAUAUUAAGUUUAAUGCACACAAACUGAAGAAGACAUGCACAGUUAGUAGCACUCUACUAACAAUAGAAUACAUGACACUUACCUUUAAUGAAGAUCUGGUGAUGAUUGAUGGGAUGGGAGGAGGGGAGAGUGUCAAAGUUGUUAAUGUUUAGAAGGGGAAUCUCUUUCCAUUAGGACUUGAGGUAGCAAGUCCUUUUCCGGGGUUACUUCCCUUCUUUUAAUGCCACUAGGACCAGCUUGAGAGUCACUGGACCCCUGUCGCACAACAAAUCUGUCCAUAGAGCUCUGUACCUCCCGUUCCUUUAAGAUUUGUCUAAAAUGGGCCACAACAUUGUCAUUGCAAUAGUCACCAGCAUGGCUUGCAAUAGCUGUGUUAGGGUGAUUUUCAUCCAUAAAGAUUUGCAGUUCAACCCACUUUGCACACAUUUCCUUAAUUUUUGAAGUAGGCACAAUGGAUUCCACAACUGGCAUAGGCUUCUCAGGGUUUGCCCCAAACCCUUCAAAAUCUUUCUUAAUUUCCAUACUAAUUCUCACCCUUUUUACCACAGGGUUGGCACUAGAAGCUUUCUUGGGGCCCAUGGUGACUUAUUUUGCAUUAACAAGCACCAAAAACACUGUGAUAAUAUGGAAUGUACCGAAUGUAUGCUUAGAUGCGAGCACACUGGCUGGCUUGUAAACACUGGCACUCACGUGGACGCGUCCCGGACGAAUUGCGCAUGGCGGGUUUUUUAACGAGUGGCGAGGCAAAAUUUUUGCGUUAAAAUGUAUCGAAUACCGGAUUUAACGUAUACCGAUGCCAUCGAAUGCCAGGGGUCCACUGUAUUUAUACUCCAAAAUUCUAGCGGUUUCAGAUCAAACGGGAGAAAGCUGGUAGGCCCACAUGUGAGAGAAUGGGUCUGUGUGGUCAGUGUGCGCAGUAUAAAAAAAUCUGCAGCACGCACUGCUUAAUGAGAAAAAAACUCCGACCGUGUUUUUGGAUUAAAACGCUGACUUUGAGGUGUAUUUUCAUAUAGUAUUUAUGGUUGUAUUCUAGUUUUCUUGGUCUCAUGUGAUAGAAUGGAGGACAUAUUACAGAAAUAGAGAUGAUUUUGAUUGGUUUCAUGUUGAAAAGGACCUGAAAUUGAGCGCAAAGUAACAGAAAUGUUCAAUUUUUGCCGAUGUUCAAGAGUAAACAGAUGACACCAUUGUCCAAUAAGUGCCAUUCUAAUAUGCAGUCACGAAUAGGUUCACAUUAUUUAUACAAUUAUUACAAUAAUGCAGUAGUGUGCAUAACAGUAAAUCUUUUUUUUUGUGUGUGAAUAAAAAUUCAAAAUAGAAAGCAAGAGUAAUAUAAAAGGGGGGCCUGGAGGCAUGACUGAUGAACAGAGAAAAUGUUAUUUUAGUGCCAGGAUUGUCUGCAUUAUCCAUUCUGGACCCUGUUUUAAAAUUGGUAUCUUUUUUAAUUUGUGUGAAAUUAGCCAAAUUGCCAAUUAGUAGUUGAAACUGGUAAAUGGGUGGUUUCUUGUACUCAGUCGAUAGAACAAAUGGAGUUCUAAAGAAAUAGCUAUGAGUUUGGUUGACUGGAACAAUGGAAUUGGCCGAAAGUAGGGCUCAAAUUGGGCUAAAUCGCCGAUGCGUGAAUAUCACCGAGAUUGUUAACUUUGCGAGAGCUUAAUUCCAUGGGUUUUCAGUCAAAUUUCGUUCUUUUGGUGUCAUUACCAUCAGGAAAAGAUUCUCUUAUCAUUUCAUAAGAAAUUUUUUUUUUUUUUUUUUAAAUUCUUCAACACUGAGAGCAAGUUUGUGAGCAAGAGUCUCGACAGUCAAAGGGUUGAACUUUAUUGCACAAUCUUUACUCUUAAAUGUGGCUUGUAUGUAUUUGCUGUUUCACAUGCCCAUAUCUAAAAUGUUUGGUUAGUUCCUUAGCUACUGGUAACUUCAUUUGUAUUUAAAUUUUUCCCCAUUGCUUCAUCAAACUGGUAUGGCUAUCUUGCAUCUUUUUUUUUAUUGUAGAUCAAAGUACAUGCAUGUUCUGAUUAUGUAAUUUCUGCUACAUUUACACUAAUUUUUUGCCAACUCCUGGUUUAUCAUCUCCCUAUUUAUGGCAUAAAAUUUCUGUUUUCUCUGAAUCUUCUCAGUAAUUUUUCAUUUUCAAUUAUUUCUUCGAAUUUACAUGUGUAUCUCUAUUUAGGUUAUCAGUAAUCUUUCUAACUUCAUUGCUGUACAGUCUUGUACUUUUAAGUUUUGCCUCUUAAAUAACCUAUUUUUGUAUCCUUGUUGCUGAAACAGUGAUACUUUUACCAUCCAGGCUGUCUCCGCCUGUCUUCCGUCACAUUCCUGAUGCCAUAUCAACAUUGGAUUUAGUGCUCUCUGUUGUAUUUUUCCUAAAUUUUUAACUUUUAUAGCUCUUGGGACACCACUCACGCAUUACUUUGAUGUUUCCCUAUUAGUUUGGUAAGAAAAUGUUAUGGCUUCUGUAAAAGGAUAUUUUCAAAUUGUUUGGAUAGAAAAAUGAGUGUGUGUGCACAUUCAUGCAUGCAUGUGCAGGUGUGUAUAUGUGAACAUAUGUACAUGCGCUUGUGUGUGUGUGUGCAUCCAUGCAUGCAUGCAUAUGUACUCACCUUUAUGUAGUUUCAGGGGUCGAGUCUCAGCUCCUGGCCCUGUGUGCACGUAUUGUAUGUGUAUGCACGUGUAUGUGUGCAUGCGUGUGUUGUAUGUGUGUAUAUAUAUAAAGAAAUGUGUAUUGUAUAUAAAAUUAAUGAAUGAAUGAUAGUGAAUGUGUUCUUUUACCUCUAGCAGCCAUCCUCUGCCAAGGCAGAGUGACAUAAAGAAGAAAACACAUUCCCCAUCAUUCAUUUAAUUUGUCUUGACCAGAAAUAUGCAGACAUUACAAAUCAGAUGACCCUCUGACUGCAACAUCCCCACUCAUCUUUGGAGUUCAGGGACUGUCAUUUUUAUCUCCAGGACUUGACUCCAGCUUCAUAAAAGUUACCUUAUUCACACACCUUAUUCACGCAUAUCCAUUAACAACCUCUUCUAUCUGACAUGGUCACACAAGCCUGCUGGAUGCUCAACCACCUAAAACUCAAAGCCUUUUACUUCCUCCAAUUGUUCCUAUGUUCCACCCCAGAUUUAUACAUCUUCAUUAUCUCAUCCAUUGCCCAUUAUCUUUAUGCUCUAAUCAUCUCAACAACCCCUGACCCCUUUGAAUUAUACCCUUGGUCACCCCAAGGGUAUUAUAAUUCUUAGCAUGAUAUUCACCCCACACAUUGCUCUCAAGCAUGACAUCUCUGUUGCUUCUAGCUGCCUCCUCCCAGAAACAUUCAAAACCCAUGCCUCACAUCCAUAUGAAAUUGUUGGUACCACUAUGGUAUAUGUAUUCCUCUAUUUUUUGGCUAGUCGCAGUAUUGUUAUAAAUACAUAUAUACACAUACAUAUAUACAUAGGUACAUAAAUGCA